CUAUGGGCUGAGGGGCGUUGGGGCUGUUUUUCUGAUUGGCUGAGACGCCACCUGUUGCCAGGCAGAGUGCGGCCUAGCGCGCCGGGAGGAGCGUCACCCCCGAUGAGUCUGCGUUGAGCGCUGAGGGGAAUCCAGCAGCGAGCGAGCAGCCAGCACAGCCGCAGCAGCAGCAGCCGCCGCGGAGCGAGGCAGGCAGGCAGGCAGGCAGCAGCAGCCGCCGCCGGAGAGCAAGAUCCCGACCGACCCCGCCGAAGCCGAGCCCGGUCCUCGCCAUGGCCUCCGGAGCCGAUUCCAAAGCUGAUGACCUAUCAACUGCAAUUCUGAAGCAGAAGAACCGGCCCAAUCGGUUAAUUGUUGAUGAAGCAAUCAAUGAGGACAACAGUGUUGUGUCACUGUCCCAGGCCAAAAUGGAUGAACUGCAGCUAUUCAGAGGAGAUACAGUCCUCCUUAAAGGGAAGAAGAGGAGAGAGGCAGUUUGUAUUGUCCUGUCUGAUGACACCUGCUCUGAUGAAAAGAUCCGCAUGAACAGGGUUGUCCGCAACAAUUUGAGGGUGCGCCUUGGAGAUGUGAUCAGCAUCCAGCCGUGUCCAGAUGUGAAGUAUGGCAAGCGCAUCCAUGUGCUGCCCAUUGAUGACACAGUGGAAGGGAUCACAGGGAACUUGUUUGAGGUCUACCUCAAGCCAUACUUCCUGGAAGCAUAUAGACCAAUCAGAAAAGGGGACAUCUUCCUGGUGCGAGGGGGGAUGCGUGCAGUGGAGUUCAAGGUUGUGGAGACGGACCCGAGCCCAUACUGCAUAGUGGCUCCAGACACUGUCAUCCACUGCGAGGGAGAGCCCAUCAAGCGAGAGGAUGAAGAGGAGUCCCUGAAUGAAGUGGGCUAUGAUGACAUUGGAGGCUGCCGAAAGCAGCUGGCUCAGAUCAAGGAGAUGGUGGAGCUUCCGCUCAGACACCCUGCUCUCUUUAAGGCCAUUGGAGUGAAGCCUCCCCGUGGGAUCCUGCUUUAUGGCCCACCAGGUACUGGGAAGACCCUGAUUGCCCGAGCAGUGGCCAAUGAGACUGGAGCUUUCUUCUUCCUCAUCAAUGGCCCUGAAAUCAUGAGCAAGCUGGCGGGCGAGUCGGAGAGCAACCUGCGGAAGGCCUUUGAAGAAGCAGAGAAGAAUGCUCCUGCAAUCAUCUUCAUUGAUGAGCUGGAUGCCAUUGCUCCAAAGAGAGAGAAGACGCAUGGUGAGGUGGAACGGCGCAUUGUGUCUCAGUUGCUGACACUCAUGGAUGGUCUGAAGCAACGAGCGCAUGUGAUUGUAAUGGCAGCUACCAACAGACCUAACAGCAUCGAUCCAGCACUCCGGCGAUUUGGCCGCUUUGACAGGGAAGUGGAUAUUGGCAUUCCUGAUGCUACUGGCCGCCUGGAGAUCUUGCAGAUCCACACCAAGAACAUGAAACUGGCUGAUGAUGUUGAUCUGGAGCAGGUGGCCAAUGAGACCCAUGGUCACGUUGGUGCGGACUUAGCUGCGCUUUGUUCAGAGGCAGCUCUGCAGGCUAUCCGGAAGAAGAUGGAUCUCAUUGACCUCGAGGAUGAGACCAUUGAUGCCGAAGUGAUGAACUCGCUAGCUGUGACCAUGGAUGACUUCAGGUGGGCCCUGAGCCAAAGCAACCCCUCAGCUCUGCGUGAGACUGUGGUUGAAGUGCCACAGGUGACCUGGCAGGACAUUGGAGGCUUGGAAGAUGUCAAGCGAGAGCUUCAGGAGCUUGUGCAGUACCCAGUAGAACAUCCUGACAAAUUCCUUAAAUUUGGCAUGACUCCCUCCAAAGGGGUGCUGUUCUAUGGGCCUCCUGGCUGUGGAAAGACCUUGCUGGCCAAAGCCAUUGCCAACGAAUGCCAGGCCAACUUCAUCUCCAUCAAGGGUCCAGAGCUGCUCACCAUGUGGUUCGGAGAGUCGGAGGCCAAUGUGCGCGAGAUCUUUGACAAGGCCCGCCAAGCUGCUCCCUGUGUGUUGUUCUUCGAUGAGCUGGACUCCAUCGCAAAGGCCCGUGGUGGGAACAUUGGGGAUGGUGGCGGAGCUGCAGACAGAGUCAUCAACCAGAUCCUAACAGAGAUGGACGGGAUGUCGACCAAGAAGAAUGUCUUCAUCAUUGGCGCCACCAACCGACCAGACAUCAUUGACCCCGCCAUCCUGCGUCCUGGGCGCCUGGACCAGCUGAUCUACAUCCCACUGCCCGAUGAGAAAUCUCGCGUGGCCAUUCUGAAGGCCAACCUACGGAAAUCACCCGUUGCCAAGGAUGUCGACCUGGAGUUCUUGGCGAAAAUGACAAAUGGCUUCUCGGGAGCUGAUCUAACAGAGAUUUGCCAGCGAGCCUGCAAGCUGGCCAUUCGUGAGUCUAUUGAGAGCGAGAUCAGACGGGAGCGAGAAAGGCAGACCAACCCUUCGGCCAUGGAAGUUGAGGAGGAUGACCCAGUUCCUGAGAUCCGGCGUGAUCACUUUGAGGAGGCCAUGCGUUUUGCCCGCCGCUCGGUCAGCGAUAACGACAUUCGCAAAUACGAGAUGUUUGCACAGACCCUACAGCAGAGCCGCGGCUUCGGCAGCUUCAGAUUCCCGUCAGGUAACCAGGGUGGUGCUGGACCAAGCCAAGGCACAGGAGGCAGUGGCGGUGGAAAUGUUUACAGCGAGGAUAACGAUGAUGAUCUCUAUGGUUAAAGUGCUGCCUGAGCGGACCAAACUCCAGAACGGGCCAUGUUGUACAGGGCGAUCCCCAUGGUCAGUGGACUCCUGGCUUCUUCAUUCCUUGGUCAGACCCAUGUAGUUGCGUGUUGGGCUCUGUAACCUGGAGUCUGCUGCAAUGCAAAGUGGUUGGUUGGUUGGUUGGUUGGUUGGGGAGGCAGGUGGGUGGUUAACGAGGAGGGGAACUGACUACACUUCUGCAAAUUUCUGUUCUCGUUUAUGGCAGAAUCAGCAGCUUUAGCAACGGGUACAACAGUAGCCUGUAAAACAAAUAAAUAAAAACCCCACAAAAAUAAAAAAAAAAUCCCAUAACUUCAA